AGUGCGGGGCUUGAACUCACAAGAUUGUGAGAUCAUGACCUGAGCCGAAGUUGGACGCUUAACCGACUGUGCCACCCAGGUGCCCCUGUUUUGCUAUUUUUUUGAGAGCACAUGCAUGCAAGUCGGGGAGAGGUCAAUAGAGGGGGUGACAGAGGAUCCAAAGCAGGCUCUGCGCUGACAACAGACAGCCCAGUGUGGGGCUCAAACUCACAACCCCGAGAUCAAGAGUCACAUGCUUUACUGACUAAACUAGCCAGGUGCCCCUUUCUUAGAUUCCUUUUAUGGAUUUAACCUUAAGAGUACGUAUGUAUAAUGAAAACUCAUACUAUUCAUAUAAUGUGAAUUUAGUCUCUUAAGCUGGGGCUGGGGUGUUUAUAUCCUGAAACACACAGGUAUUUUCUGAAAUACUGAAUACUACUGACAGUAGCAUCAUGGUAGUGACAUCUGUAUUUGUUAAGAGGUCCUCAAAUAUAAGUUACUAAGAACUGCUGCCCUAGUUAUUUAUUAUUGUAUACAUGUGAAAGAGAAGCAGAGACAGACUGAGAUUUAUGUGCUAAGGUGUGGGUAGAAUGAAAAUAAUAGAAGGCACUAUAAAAGACAGGACAGAAAACAGAGAAUGAAUAUCUUUGAUAAAAAAGUUUUAAAAAAAUAAUGAAUUAGGACUGGCAAUACAUAUAGAGCAAGUGCUCCCUGAACCUUACCCAAGGAAAAAACUCUUUGUGGUAGGAUGUUUUAGUUUUUAGUGUUUUUCUUGAUUAUAACUGGAGUAAGAACACCUGAAGUUUUUUAAACUCUAUUCUCAUAUUAGGUAUGCUGAUUUCUUCCUUUGGCACACGUCACGCUGCUGUUUGAAUUUAUGUACAAGUGACUCAUGUAAACUCAUUUUUAGCAAUUUCAUACUUAAUGAAUUGGUAGAAUAUUGUAGAAUCUGACCCUUAAGUUUCACACUUUUAGCCAGCAGUGUAUCAACUGGUUUAGAUCAUGUUAUCAUUUAAUGAAUAGUAUAUAAGAAACCCAGUCUACUGUAUUAGAUAUUGUUGUGUUUUUACUCACAUAGAAAGAGAUUAGAUGCUUGAACUAGUUGGAGUCUGGUAGUCCUUUGUGGCUGUGCACCUGCUUGCUGUUGCUUUGAAGGUGGGUGAGUCUAUAGCCCCGGGAAGGAAGAAGUCAUAAAAGCUGACUUAUCCAUAACAGGUCUUUAGGUCCAUUGGUGCAGCAAAUUUCAAGGCUAAGAGAGGAAGACUGCUUCUGAUCCCUGUAGGAAGAGGAAGCAGGAAAAGAAAUCUCAACAUGGAAAAGGUCUCCCAGGAAAGCAUAGGAGAAAAGCAGGCUGCAGUGCAGAAUGCAGAAGAAGCCCAUCCUUUGGGAGGUGGUGAAGGCCAGGAGCCUGGAGUAAAUAUUAGAACAGGUUGGGCCUCACCUGCCCAUGAUGUUAGACAGGAUAUGCCCAAUAGGCUUGUCAGUAACCUUGAUAUGAUAGAUGGAGUUGAUGAUGAUAUGGAACGGUUCAUGGAGGAGAUGAGAGAGAUAAGGAGGAAAAUUAGGGAGCUUCAUUUGAGGUGCAGUUUGCACAUUCUUAUAGGACAUCCCCCUCAUCCUGACCAUCGUGAUGAGUUUUAUCUUAUGCCUUGAAUGCUGAGGUUAAUAUUAAUAAUAAAACCUCCUGCUUCCCAAAGUAACGUUUUCUUGAUGUACCCUUUGCUGUGAAUCUGGUGUUCUGUCAUAUUUCUUUCUUUCUUUUUUUUUUUUUUAUGUUUAUUUUUUUUUGAGACAGAGAGAGACAGGACAUGAAUGGAGGAGGGUCAGAGAGAGAGAGGGAGACAC